UUUGGCCAGUCUCAGAUGACUCUCUGACACGGCAAACAAUCAUCUCCCUCCCAGCAUUCACAGGUACAACGAGAAGGGCAGUUAACACGAAACAGGAAGCACCAGCUCAAAGCUUUGUGGCAGGACAGAACAGCCCGUCGCUCCUCGAGGGAGGAGUUGUGUACAGCUGCUUAUUUGGUUGAGAGUGAUCACAUGGGCUGCCGCGUCUGAACAACAGUUGUGAAGAAGUCAGAGAACUUCGAACUGUGGCGAGCCCAAGAGACUUGUGGUGAGACAGAGAGACGUAGAGAUAGAGAAAGAUAGAGAGAGAGAGAGAGAGAGAGAGAGAAAAGACUCAAGGAAUAUAACACUGAGCACAUGGUGUGAGGGAAAAAAUGCCCACAAACUUCACAGUGGUGCCGGUGGAAGACACCCCAAAUCCAGAGUAUGAUGGAGAGAUAAUGCAAGAAGAGGACAAGGAGGAGACAUACACGGCAGCGGGACCAAACUCAGGUGACGAGACUCCCAAAGAAACCAGCUCUUUAAUAAGUACAGAUCAUGAUGACAGCAUCUAUGGCAAGAAUAUGGCUCUGUAUGAGGAUGAGAUUGACAGCACACCGAUGGUGUCAUCUCUCCUCAACAAACUGGCCAACUACACCAACAUCACCCAGGGGGCCGUCGAGCACGAGGAGGCGGAGAGUGAGGAUGGGAUUCAGAGGGUCACCGUGAAUGGCCCUCAGAUGGGCACAUUUAUAGGCGUGUUCCUGCCCUGCAUGCAGAACAUUCUGGGUGUGAUUCUUUUCCUGCGGCUCACAUGGAUAGUGGGUACCGCUGGAAUCUUGGAGGCCCUUGCUAUCGUCUUCAUGUGCUGUUCUUGCACCAUGCUGACUGCAAUUUCAAUGAGUGCCAUUGCCACUAAUGGUGUAGUGCCUGCUGGUGGUUCAUACUACAUGAUCUCCAGAGCAUUAGGCCCAGAGUUUGGAGGUGCAGUGGGUUUGUGUGUCUACCUGGGCACCACAUUUGCAGGGUCUAUGUACAUACUAGGAACCAUGGAAAUCUUUUUGACAUACAUAAUGCCCAAUGCUGCUGUGUUUAAAGCAGAGACUGGAGAGCCAACUGGAAUGCAAAAUGACAUGCGCAUUUAUGGGACAAUCUGUUUAGUUAUCAUGACUCUGGUAGUGUUUGUUGGAGUGAAAUAUGUCAACAAGAUGGCUUUGGUCUUCCUGUCCUGCGUAAUGCUGUCAAUUGUGGCCAUCUAUGCAGGGGUCAUCCAAUCUGCCAUCAAGCCUCCCAAUUCUCAACAUCGAGUGUGUCUGCUAGGCAACCGCACCUUGCAAAAUUCAAGGUUUGACAAGUGUGACAAAACAGAGCUCAUCAACAACGUGACCACCCCCACCCAGCUAUGGAAGCUUUUUUGUAUAGGUGGCAUUGAAAAUGCAACAUGUGAUGAUUACUUCACCCAUAACAAUUUAACAGAGAUUCAAGCUGUUCGUGGCUUGCUCAGCGGGGUCAUAUCAGAUAACAUGUGGGGACACUAUGGACAAUACAAAGACAUAGUGGAGCAGGAGGGACAGAGUUCAGAACGAGCUUCAGAUAACAACAAACCGGGCCAAAAUUAUGUUCUCAAUGAUGUCACUACCUUCUUCACCCUUCUGGUUGGAAUCUACUUUCCUUCAGUUACAGGAAUCAUGGCUGGGUCGAACAGAUCUGGAGAUCUUCGAGACCCUCAGAGGUCCAUUCCCACUGGGACCAUAAUGGCUAUUGCAACCACCUCCGUUAUCUAUCUUUCCUGUGUGGUGUUAUUCGGAGCAUGUAUUGAAGGUGUUGUACUCCGAGACAAGUAUGGCGAGUCAGUUAAAGGGACUUUAGCUGUUGCAACAUUAGCUUGGCCAUCUUCAUGGGUGAUUGUGAUUGGCUCAUUUUUCUCCUGUUGUGGUGCGGGGCUACAGAGCCUCACCGGUGCUCCCAGGAUCCUUCAGGCUAUAGCUCGAGAUGGCAUCAUGCCAUUCUUACAGGUGUUUGGUCAUAGCAAAUCUAACGGUGAGCCAACCUGGGCCUUACUCCUAACUGCAGCAAUCUGUGAGAUUGGGAUCCUCAUUGGUUCCCUGGAUCAUGUUGCUCCCAUCCUGUCAAUGUUUUUCUUGAUGUGUUACCUUUUUGUAAACUUGGCCUGUGCUGUCCAAACGCUUCUACGCACCCCAAACUGGAGGCCAAGAUUCAAGUUCUACCACUGGUCCCUCUCUUUUCUUGGGAUGAGCCUGAGUCUGUCCCUCAUGUUUGUCUCAUCUUGGUAUUAUGCUUUGGUUGUCAUACUGUUUUCUGGAUGCAUCUACAAGUACAUUGAAUACAGAGGGGCAGAGAAAGAGUGGGGAGACGGAAUUCGAGGAUUAUCCCUUAAUGCAGCUCAAUAUGCCUUAAUAAAAUUGGAGGAGGCACCACCUCACACCAAGAACUGGAGACCUCAGCUGCUGGUGCUCCUGAAGUUGGACUCUGACUUGGGGGUAAAACAUCCACGUCUGCUCUCCUUUACCUCACAGCUGAAGGCUGGGAAAGGCCUGACCAUCGUCUGCUCAGUGCUGGAGGGCACAUACAUGGCUCGUGAGGCAGAUGCAAAGCUCUCUGAAAAGAAUAUCAAAGCAGCCAUGGCAAAGGAGAAGACGAAGGGUUUCUGUCAUGUGGUGGUGUCCUCUAACCAGCGGGAUGGUUUCUCUCACCUGAUCCAGUCUGCAGGCCUGGGUGGCAUGAAACACAAUUCAGUGCUGAUGGCCUGGCCCGGAAACUGGAAACAAGCCGAGAGCUCCCUCUCCUGGAAGAACUUUAUUGACACCGUCAGAGAGACCACAGCUGCCCACCAGGCCCUGUUAGUGGCUAAAAACAUCGAUACAUUUCCCACAUACCAGGACCGGUUAGCUGAGGGUACUAUUGAUGUCUGGUGGAUUGUCCAUGAUGGUGGUCUCCUCAUGCUUCUUCCGUUCCUGCUCCGCCAGCACAAGGUUUGGAGAAGGUGUAAGAUGAGGAUCUUCACAGUGGCUCAGAUGGAUGACAACAGCAUCCAGAUGAAGAAAGACCUACAGAUGUUCUUGUACCAUCUGCGUCUUGAUGCAAAGGUGGAAGUUGUGGAAAUGCAUGCAGGUGAUAUUUCGGCCUUCACCUAUGAGAAGACGCUUGUGAUGGAGCAACGCUCUCAAAUGCUGAAGCAGAUGCAGCUUUCUAAAACGGAACGAGAGAGAGAGAUUCAAAGCAUCUCAGAUGAAUCCCGGAAUUCCAUUAGAAGGAAGCCCUGCGGAGAGAAACCAACUCAAAGCAACAAGUUUCAAGUGCCAACUAUAAUUCUGGAUGAGGAGGCUCAGCUGAUUCAUGACAGGAACACAAAGUCACAUGCCACUCUGAACGACAAGGUCACACCAACUUCUGACCGAGUCCAUAUGACCUGGACUAAAGAAAAGCUGAUUGGUGAGAGAAACCGCCAUCGGGAGGCUCACAUGACUGUGCGGGAUAUCUUCAAUAUGAAACCAGAGUGGGAGAAUCUGGAUCAGACAAACGUGAGAAGAAUGCACACUGCAGUCAAGCUGAAUGAGGUUGUAGUCAAAAAAUCCAAGGGAGCCCAACUGGUGCUGCUGAAUAUGCCAGGACCACCCAAAAACAAGGGCGGAGAUGAGAAUUACAUGGAGUUCUUGGAGGUCCUCACAGAGGGUUUGGACCGGGUGCUGCUGGUCCGAGGUAGCAGCAGGGAGGUCAUCACCAUUUACUCAUAGCAUCAUGCAGAGACAGACACUGAGGAGAAUAUUUCUAUGAGGAGAGAUUGUCCAAAGCUGCACAGAUACUGUACGGAUGGACUCAGGACAGGCAAUAGCACUCCAGCUGCAGGCCAGCACAACACAUUUGAGGAUGUAAGAGGAUUCUUCUCAUUGCGCAUGUUUACAUGCACACCAGUAAGCUGAUAAAUCACAAAUAUCAGGUUAUAACCAGUUUGACGUGCACAUCAAUAACCUGACAACGCAAGUAAGCAGCGUCUACAUGACUUUAUUAAUAAAUCCGGUUAUUUCCCUGUAGUGACAUCAAAAUAUACUAAUUUGCGUAUCUGACUUUUUAAGUAUUCCAUACAUUUGUCAGUUGUGAUGUUAAAUUAAGCGUGCAGCAUGUCGGGAAACUUACAGCUCAUAUAUUAUCCUCUCAUGCAAUUAUAAACGAAGCAUUGUGACUGAACCACUUCUGCUGCACAAUAUGAGAACACAUUUUUAUCAUUUUCUGAUUCAUGAAAAAGUCUGCUUUUGUGAAAUAUUUCCUUCUUUCUUUACUGCAAGAUGUUUGCUCAGUCUAGAUGUGCUUAAAGCAGCACUAAUGAUGCGUUCCUGUCACGUAUCACACAUGCGCAGACAGAAAGCUGGAUAUAUUGUGUUUACAUGCCAUGCGAAAUCAGAGUAAGAGGCAAAAAAACAUCCUGUUGCGACUGGUUUAUGCUUAACGUCGUUUAUGACCUUACUCCGAUAAAAGAAAACUGGUUACUGCAUUUUUGACUUAAGCAUAAUCGGCUUAAGAACGUGCAUGUAAACGCACUCAUUUUCUUUUCAGUUAGAGUUGUCCACUCGUGAUUGGCUUGACAAACACAUUUUAGUAGCAAGAGGAAAUGGGGUCCUUGGAUGUGGUCUUUAAUAAUCAUUUAAAUAAAGACAGGCCAAAGUCCAUAAAGCUUGAAGAGUGACAUCAGCUGUUGCAUUGCUGAGUCAUAUGACCACAAGGGACAGUGUUUGAAAUGAAGUGCUUGUAAUUUAUAUGUAUUGAAUGCAUAUAUUUUUGUAUCUCAUCACAUUCUUCUGCUGAGCUUUAUACACUGUGAUGUUAGUUCGAUUCAUAAGAUUUUUGUUUUGUUAUCAGUAUUGCUCACUUUGCAGUAUGUGUAAAAUCAUGAUUAUAUCACCAGUCAAAUCAAAUGGUUGAAGCCUGUUAGUAUUUUUUUCAAUACUAAUUUUCCUCUUAAUGUUUAAUAUGUAGCAUUUUUGCAAGUUUCCAUCCAGUUUUUGUGCUGUUAUGUUAUCAACAGAGAAUACGCGUAAAAAAUUUUUUUGGCGGAAAUUGCUGUCUGCAGCCGGUUUCUAUCCAACUGGCCUUUUACCGAUAAAAUGGUGUGUUUUGACAUCAUCCCUUUAAAAACUAAUUGUUCUAUAAGUUGUUUUUUGUGUGUUUUUUUUUUUAAAUUGACCUCGAGAUGUUUCCACAUCAUUUUACCUACUGCGCAGUUAUAUAUAUCUUCUAUAUUAUUAAAUUGUAUAGGCCUGUAUAAACAUUUUUUAACAAGUGUCAUGAGUGUUUUUUUUUUUUUUUGUACUUUGUUAUAGACUAUUUAGAAACUUGAUCAUCAAGUAUUAUUCAUAAAUAGGUGCAGUUGUAUUAGCCUAUCAUUAUUUUUCUGAUGAACUUUUAGAGGAAAUGUUUAUUUUGGUUAUUUUUAUUUCUUCUAACCAACAACCGAUGUCAUUAAGCCAUUAUUGACUUACAAGAUUGUUAAAUUACAAUAAAAUUUGAUAUGUGUCUGUGUCUCAAUAAAAAUAAUUACAUUUGUUUUCCUGGGAUUCAUUUUAUAUACUCAAAAAGCAGCUGAAACAACAGAACAUGAG